AUGAAGUAUGCAGAGGACAACGUGUCCUCCGACGGGACCUACAUGUCCCGGGUGUCAUCGAGUCGAGAUCCUUCCGGCAUCUUCAAGGCGGUGGAGGAGAUGGACGCCGAGGUGCGGGAGAUUUGCCAAAGAAUCGAUACCGAUCACAACGGCUGCAUCUCGAAACUGGAAUUGAUCGCAGCCGUCCAGAGGGAUGCAACGGUCGCAGCAUUUGUGCUCCCAGACCAGGACGCAGAACAUCGAAGCGACGAAGAGACCUUCGAUGCCGUGGAUGCAAUCUUUGAUCAGAUAGCUGCUGGGAAGCAGCGCAUCAAGUACACGGACUUGGCGGCGCACUUUCAGAAGGAGGCGAGCACGAACAAGAUGGACAACACAGACGAACUGCGAAAGUUUUACGACCUCAUCGAUGCCGACAAAAGCGGCUCCAUAUCCAAGCUGGAGAUCAUUGCAGCGGUGCAGGCCAACAAGGAAGUGGCGGACUUUCUUCUUCCGAACUUGGACGGUGCUGACCAUGUCAUGGAGAGCGAAGCAACUUUCGACGCGAUCAACAGCCUCUUCCAGACCAUCGCUGGUGGCAAGCGGCGGAUCGACUUUGCCGAUUUCAAAGCCUACUUCAAGAAGGUCAUCUCCGUGCAAGCAGCCCGACCGAUCUGCCGCGAGGGCACGCGGGUUUUCAUCAUCGGGCCAGGCUUCGGGCAGCAGCUGAACCCGAGACAGUCGGCCAUGAUAACCAACGCCGGCUACCAGGCGCACUUCUGCCACGGAAUCCCAAAUCCGGAGACGCCGAACUUCCCGGUGCAGCAGUAUCUGGACCACAUCAAGGAAGAAAUGGAUGCUUUCGGUCCAGACGUGGUUUGUGCAGCAUCGAAAGGAGGUGUCUACCUCAUCGGACUGUGGCAGACCGGCCUCUGGCGUGGUCCCAGCCUCUUGAUCAAUGCCCACCCGUCCUGCAAAGAGAUGCCGCAGGGAGUGCCAGUCGUGCUCGCGCAGGGAGGAAAUGAUGAGGUCUACCCGACUUCGCGAGCCGAUCUCGAGCGGCUGAUCUCCACGGGUACGGACAACAAGUGCUUCAUGUACUAUGUCGCCAACAGCGGACCUAUGGCCUCUGGACAGCGUACGCGCAUCGGCGACCGCCACAACAUGGAGCGGCGGGCCGAGACGCAGUGA